GGGGGCGGGGCGGGGCGGAGAUAGAGGCUGGGACUCCGGAGCCAUCCAAACUUCCGGUGCCUCGGGCUCAGCGAGAGGCGAGCACACCGUCGAGGUUGCUUGCCCUGGCGGAGGCUGCGGGGAGCAGGCGCGGGUCAGCGCAGCCAUGGUGAAGAUCAGUUUCCAGCCCGCGGUGGCGGGCAUCAAGGCCGAUAAAGCCGACAAGGCAGCGGCGUCUGGCGCGGCCUCGGCAUCUGCCCCGGCCGCGGAGAUCCUGCUGACGCCGGCCAGGGAGGAGCGCCCUGCUCGCCACCGCGGCAGGAAAGGGGGCUCAGUGGGCGGCGUGUGCUACCUGUCUAUGGGCAUGGUUGUGCUGCUCAUGGGCCUCGUCUUCGCCUCCGUGUACAUCUACAGAUACUUCUUCCUCGCUCAGCUGUCCCGAGCUAACUUCUUCCACUGUGGCGUGUUCUACGAGGACUCCCUGUCCUCCCAGAUCCGCACUCGGAUGGAGCUGGAGGAGGACGUCAAGAUCUAUCUUGAGGAGAACUAUGAACGUAUCAAUGUCCCCGUACCCCAGUUCGGUGGUGGGGACCCUGCAGAUAUCAUCCAUGACUUCCAGCGGGGCCUCACUGCCUACCACGACAUCUCGCUGGACAAGUGCUAUGUCAUCGAGCUCAACACCACCAUUGUGCUACCCCCACGAAACUUCUGGGAGCUCCUCAUGAACGUGAAGAGAGGGACCUACCUCCCCCAGACUUACAUCAUCCAGGAGGAGAUGGUGGUGACAGAGCAUGUCAGCGACAAGGAGGCCCUGGGAUCCUUUAUCUACCACCUGUGCAAUGGAAAGGACACCUACCGGCUGCGGCGCCGGGCCACCCGGAGGCGGAUCAGUAAGCGCGGGGCCAAGAAUUGCAACGCCAUCCGCCACUUCGAGAACACCUUCGUGGUGGAGACGCUCAUCUGUGGGGUGGUGUGAGGCCCACCCUCCAGGCCCACCCCUGCCCUCCUCUCUCUCCUUCUGGCCACUCUCUGGCCCUCCUCCUCCCUUUGCUUAGCUUGUACCUUGGGCACUUCUUUCCAUAGAUGUGACACGUCUCACCUACCCCUUCCCAGCCCCGCCCUCCUCCCUGUACCAGGGCUGUGAUCUCUCGGGGUGGGGGUGGGGCCUCUGCCUCUGCUGGUCUUUCGGGGUAUGAGGCGGGAGGGGACAGUUGCCCAAGGUGGUUUCUGUUAUUUUAGGUCAGCUCCCCAGUGGCUGGGCCAAGGGGAAGGACUAAACGGAGGGGCUGGACACGUGAAAGCCUGGAGGCGGGGGGCGGAGGCAUGGAUGGGGCUUGGCGUGAGGUCCAGAAAUAGCCCCCACAGUUGGGGAAAUCCCGGAAGACUCCUUUCCUUGCACAGCACAUUUCCUCUGUCCUCCUGGUUCUUAGACUAAGUAUGGAAUAAAGGUGGGGAGAAGUGACCCAUCUGAGCACAAGAGAAGGUGGCUAUCCUAGGGUCGCCCCUGGGCUCCUGUCAGUGCCUUCGGCCCACCAGCAGGAGCCUGGAGUUUGAGGGUGGGGCGAGUCUGCCAAGCACAAUUGUUCUCUGAGUGGAACCAAAGAAAUGAGGGGCUGGGCCGCCCUGGCCUGGUACCUAGGAACACAGGAGCAGGUGGGUAUAUUAGUCAUGGGCUGUGAGCUGUGGGCCCGGGCAGUGGAUGGAGCUCGAGCCUUCCUACAUGCCAGGGCGACUGUGAGAGACGGAAGCGGAAGGGAGAGCUGCCUGGUACUUGUGUCCCUGCCUCCUCUUCCGUUCUGGAUCUGUCCUCUGUCCAGGGGUCCAUAAUAUUUCUCCUUUUGCAUGUUUUUACGGAUGUUUGUGCUGGCCGUCCUCAGCUCUGAGCCUGGGAGAGGCUUCGGCGCCUUGAGUCAGACUUGGGUGCUCCGUGGCGGCGAAGCUCUUAAAUGCUUUGUAUAUUUUCUCUAUUAGAUCUCUUUUCAGAAGUGUCUGUAGACAAUUAAAAACAGCAACAAAAGAAACAAAA